GGCGGCGGCGGGCCAGCCCCGUCAUAUGACCGGCCGGCGGCCCCGGCGCCGAGCGCAGCUCCCCGCGCCGCGAUGGCCCCGCCGCCGCCCCCGGCCGCGCGCUGAGCCGGGCCGAGGCUGCGGAGCCGCAGCCGCCGCGGAGCCGCAGCGCCAUGGCCCCAACCCUGCUGCAGAGGCUCUUCAACAGGAAGGGCGGCGGCGGCUCCGCGGCGGCGGCGGCGGCCCCGGGCCGGGCGCCCCGGGAGGGACCGGCCUUCAGUUGGUCAUGUUCGGAGUUGGACCUGAACGAGAUUCGCCUCAUAGUUUACCAGGACUGUGAAAGGAGAGGCAGACAAGUCUUGUUUGAUUCUAAAGCUGUUCACAAGCUUGAGGAGGUGGCAGCUCAGAAAACGGAGGACGUCCCCAUGAAAACGCCAGCCAGGUGCUGCCAAGGAUGCAGCAGCGGCAGCCUCUCUUCCUGUGGCUCCUCCGGGGGAUCUUUACCGUAUGCCAGGGAGCAGCUUCCAAAGUACCAGUACACGCGCCCCGCCUCUGAUGUGAACAUGCUCGGGGAAAUGAUGUUCGGCUCCGUCGCCAUGAGCUACAAAGGCUCCACCCUGAAGAUUCACUACAUACGGUCUCCUCCACAGCUCAUGGUUAGUAAAGUCUUCUCCGCCAGAAUGGGCAGCUUCUGUGGAAGUACAAAUAACUUGCAAGACAGCUUCGAAUACAUCAACCAAGACCCUAACUUGGGGAAACUGAACACAAAUCAGAAUAACCUGGGUCCUUGUCGGACUGGAAGUAACCUAGGUGUGCUGCAGGGAUGCGGCAGCAAACUGCCACCGGGGGCGGCUGAAGGAGGACCGCUCCGGCUCAGCCGCAGUGCCUCUUUCUUUGCAGCUCACAGCACCCCGGUCGACAUGCCGAGCAGAGGACAGAACGAGGACAGGGACAGCGGCAUCGCCCGCUCAGCCUCUCUGAGCAGCCUUCUGAUCACACCUUUCCCGUCUCCAAGCUCCUCUACGUCCUCCUCCAGCAGUUACCAGCGCCGCUGGCUUCGGAGCCAGACCACAAGCUUGGAAAACGGCAUCAUUCCCAGGAGGUCAAUGGAUGAGACGUUCAGCUUGGCGGAAGAAACCUGCAGUUCCAACCCGGCCAUAGUUCGGAGGAAGAAAAUCGCCAUAAGUAUCAUCUUUUCCUUGUGCGAGAAGGAAGAGGCACAGAGGAAUUUCCAGGACUUCUUUUUUUCUCAUUUCCCCCUGUUUGAAUCUCACAUGAAUAGGCUGAAGAGUGCAAUUGAAAAGGCCAUGAUCUCCUGCAGGAAGAUAGCGGAGUCAAGUCUCCGCGUCCAGUUUUAUGUCAGCCGGCUGAUGGAAGCUUUGGGGGAAUUCAGAGGGACCAUCUGGAGUUUGUACUCCGUCCCGAGGAUCGCUGAGCCCGUGUGGCUGGCCAUGAUGUCCAGCACCUUGGAGAAGACCCAGCUGUGCCAGCGCUUCCUCAAGGAGUUUACGCUCCUGAUAGAGCAGAUCAACAAGAACCAGUUUUUUGCUGCCUUGCUGACCGCAGUCUUAACUUACCACCUGGCCUGGGUACCGACUGUCAUGCCUGUUGACCACCCUCCCAUCAAAGCCUUCUCCGAGAAACGUACCUCUCAGCUGGUCAACAUGCUGGCCAAGACACACCCGUACAAUCCUCUCUGGGCGCAGCUGGGCGACCUUUACGGAGCCAUCGGCUCUCCGGUGCGGCUGGCCCGCACAGUGGUGCUGGGGAAGCAGAAGGAUUUGGUGCAGCGCAUUCUGUACGUCCUGACCUACUUCCUGCGGUGCUCGGAGCUGCAGGAGAACCAGCUGACGUGGAGCGGGGGCCGCGGGCCGGACGAGCAGGUGCUAGCCGGGAGCAGCAUCACCACGGCCCUGGAGAGGGGCGAGGUGGAGGAGUCCGAGUACGUGGUGGUCACCGUGAGGAGCGAGCCUGCGCUCCUGCCGCCCACCUUGCCCGCGUCGGAGGCCGAGGGGCUGCCCGGGGCCCCGACGGACACUGACACCAAAGACCCGUGCCCCCAGUUCGCCGAACAAGGAGGCCGGGGGCCCGAGCAGAGCCCCACGGCCCACGGGACCCGGAGACCUCGGGGCGCGUCGUGCGGGGACGAGGAGAGUACGAAGGAGACCACGCAAGGCGGCUCGGCGAGGCUCUCCGGCUGCACGGGUGCGGGCCCAGCCCUGGAGCCGCGCCCCCCGGUCGGCGAGGAGGGGUCGGGAGGGGAGAUGCCCAGGAAGCUGCUUGACCGCUCGGCGGCUAGGCCGUGCCCCGACGGGCGCCCCAGGGACAGGCCGCCCUGGGAGAAGGUCACCUUCCACAUCGGGAGCUCUGUGUCUCCGGAGUCGGACUUGGAAAGUCGCACCAAAGCGAUGGAGGAGCGGCUGUGGGCCUGCAGGUGUGCGGAGCCGGCUCGGGGGCCCGGGGCGGCUGCCGACGCGGCCCGGGAGGCCCAGGAGGCCCAGGACCGGCGUGCUCCCGGGUGCUCCCUGUCCCCCGGGGGAUCUGCCGGGGCGCAGGGCGUCAGGACCGAAGCGGCCGCGGAGCCUUCCGGCGCACCUGCCACCCUGUGCGCACCGGGGAGACCCCGGGGUCGGCGCGGGAAGGACGCCGACGGGCCUGCACCGGGCGGGAGCGCGGUCGCCGUGUCCCGCGGGGAAGGAGGCCUCCGCAGGAACGAGAGCUUGGACAGCGCCCUCGGGGACAGUGACGACGACGGGUGUGCGGCAGCCUCGCCGGACCUGGGUCCCGGGCGUGACCAUGACGGGGACUAUGACCGGACAGAAGGGCUGCUGGAGGUGGAGCUGCCACUUCCCAGGUCUCAGAGCAUCAGCAACCCCAGCGUGAGAAACUUUGGCCGUUCCCUCCUGGCGGGUUACUGCCCCACGUACAUGCCAGACCUGGUGCUUCACGGGACCAGCAGCGAUGAGAAGCUGAAGCAGUGCCUGGCGGCCGACCUGGUCUACACGGUCCAGCACCCCGUGCUGGACGAGCCCAUCGCCGAGGCCGUGUGCAUCAUCGCAGACACGGACAAGUGGAGCGUCCAGGUGGCCACGAGUCAGAGGAAGGCGGUGGACAGCACGAAACUCGGCCAGGACGUGCUGGUCUCAAGUCAGGUGUCCAGCUUACUGCAGUCCAUCCUGCAGCUUUACAAGCUUCACCUCCCCGCCGACUUUUGCAUCAUGCACCUGGAAGACAGACUACAGGAGAUGUACCUGAAGAGUAAGAUGCUGUCCGAGUAUCUUCGUGGACACACGCGGGUGCACGUGAAAGAAUUAAGCGUCGUGCUGGGGAUUGAGUCCAACGACCUGCCUCUGCUGACGGCCGUCGCCAGCACUCACUCUCCUUACGUCGCUCAAAUACUCUUAUAAGCUAAUGCUCAGGACAGCACCCCCUUGGAAGAAAAAUCAGAUUCUCAGCUGAAGGAGGACGGAUGGACGGCAGCUCCCUGUGGCCACGAGGCACGAGCAGGGCAGACGGGGAUGGUCCUCCCCACACUGUGCUGUGUCGGGUGGCAUCACUUCCUAGGGGUGCUGGCUGGAAGACGUGGGUUUACUGACAGGACGUGCUUGUGUUGUCGUGCGCACAUCAGGCCUCUGUCACCUGUGGCUCAGCAGAAGCAGGAGGGAGCAGAGCCCUGCGUGGCCACCGAGAGCACAGCGGUGACAGGGGACCUGGGAGCAGGGCUGAACGACACAGGCACCGUCCCAGCAGGAAAUGUCUCAGUUCAAGUGUGAGCUCCCCAAGCUGGAGGAAGCCCUCCUGCUGUCCUGAGAAGACGAUCAGUGUGGGGACCCUGGAUGGCAGGGACAGCGGUGAAGCCAAGCCCUCGUGUGCCACCCUCCACUCCGGUGGCUUUGGUGUCAGACGACAGAAAGCACGAGGGGACUGGCUAUGGGGACAAGCUCCGGGGACCCACUGCUUCGCUGUCUGGCCCCAGUUUACCUUGUUUGAGGUGCAGCCACGGGUAGGUCAGGGAUGGAUCGUUGGUGCAAUAAACCCAAGAAUCAAUGUAGCAUCCUCUUCCCAUCAGGAUGUGGUUCGUAGCAGCGGAGGGCACAGUCCGACCCCACACGGUUUAUCCUGAUGCUUCAGAGCUCUCAGCAGCCUUUGUAAGAGGGGCCAUUUACCAAAGCUAUUUCUAUAAAGCUCGAGAGUGUUUCUGUGGCUGAAUUCCUCCAGCUGAAGCCACUUCUUCCUAUACUAGUUAAUACUAAUGACUGUUUAUACUUUAAAAGGCACAGCUAUCCUGGUGGGAAAUGAAAGCUGCAACAGUUCAGGAUGACUCAUGAAAGGAAUUAGUUUGAACGUUUAUAAACAAUCCACAUAUGAGCUAAAUUUUUACACUAUCAUCUCUGUGCCUUCCAAUUCCUAUGUCCUUUUCAAAACAUCGUCCCAGAAAUUCACUGCCCUGUAGUAUCAAACCUGCCAGAAUGAAGCAUUGUUUAUUUAUGAGCAUAGUUUGCUUUUUAAAAAAAACCUUAAUUUUCUGUUGACGUGAACUUUAGUUUACUGACCGGGAAACAGACAAUGUACUGAAAUCCAGGGUGAAGGAAAAGCCUCUUUAGCAAAUGGAUGGUUAAAACACAGGAGCUAAUCUAGGACAGCAAACCGUUAGCACCUGCAGACCUUGAGGACAGUUCAUUAUAACCAGGCUCUGAUUUCCUUCUCUUUUAUGAAUUGAUGCCAGUGCUUUCCAUGUAGCCUUUGCACCUAAGAAUGCGAAACGACUUCCCUUUCAGGAGCUAAAAUGACUUCAUAUUUUCUACCUGAUAAAAUCCUGAUCCCAAACCCCAAGUUACAUACAUCUGUGUCUGUAGUCUUUGAAAAAUGCAAGCGAACUAUUUGUUUGGAAGAGCAGAGCAGCAGGACCAACGGAGAAAAGCAGGUGUGUUCUUUCUUAGGAAUGAUUCUUAGGAAUAGGUCAGAACUGCAGCCUUCCCUUCCCCUCUCUUCUUAAUAAAUCAUCUUUUUUUUUUUUUUGCCACUCCAUGUGUCUUGUGGGAUCUUAGUUCCCCCACCAGGGAUUGAACCCAGGCCCUUGGCAGUGAGAGCUGGGAGUCCCAACCACUGGACCACCAGGGCAUUCCUUCCCUCACCCCACCCACCCUUUUUUUUUUUAUGAUGUGAAAUGUAGAGGGGUGCGUUGAAGCUCUUAAGAUCUUUAAUUUGUAUUUUAUGUCUUUCUCUCAUAAAAGUGACGUUGUCCAUUCUUUCUAUGUUUCUGUUUCCUUUUGCCUGAUGUCUGAGAUGAGACAGGUGUCUUGAGUCCCCAGUUCCAUGACACCAUGGUGGUUGUCGUGGACCUCACCCAUGGAUGCCCUCGCCCCAUCUGUGUCGCUUACGUGUGACUGCACUGUGCUGAGUGAGGUCACAGUGUCCCCUCUGCACCGGCUCCGAACAUCCCCCAGCCUCGGGUUCCCUUCUUGUUGACAUGUUCUGGGCACUUUUCCUCCCCCACCACCUUCCAGGGCUUCACAGACAAUAACUAGAUAGAAGAUCAGUGCAUGCAAUGGCCUGUUGAACAGCCACCCGGGGGAAAGUCGAGCUUUAGAUGGCCAGUUCUAAACUCCAUGCAGAAAAGAUGUGGCCCAGCCCCUCGAAGCCGAGAAAACUGGCUUUGCCUCUGCAUCUCCUGUCCCCGCCUCCCCCGGGAGAAGAUGAUGGAGAGCGCUCAGGACCCGGGGCAGCCCCAACCCUCAUGGCUGCUGCCUGCACAGCAGGCCAGGAAUCUUGCUGCUCAUUUGUAAACCCUCCUCUGAAGAACAUCCACCUGUUCUCUCUCUUAAAUGCAACCUCUUCCCAAAAGUGGAAAAGAAAAUCUCAUGGAACUGCGUUGAGACACACACCAGACACCGCCCGGUGGCUUGGUUGUAUCUUAGCCCAAGAGGCAAGGAAGGGACCUGCCCUCGCCCAGGCCCUCCUCAAGAAAAAAACAAAAAAUUUAAAAACAUGUACAAAUAGAGAAAACUACCUCAGUUGACAGGAUUCCACCUUUAGGGUUUCUUCAACUUCGACGUCUUACCUGUUGAGUGUACCUUUUGUAGCAUCUCGCUUUUCCACGCAAGCCGGGAGGCACAACAGAGCGGGUGUGUGCUAGCGUUACUGUGAUGGGCCUCUCUCUAGCAUGUCGAGGUUUUAUUUUUCAUAGAUUGACGGGUGAUAUGAAUGUAAAGAUCAUUGUGUACGUUUAAACAUGACAAUGAAAACUUAAAAUGUAGCUUCCAUACUUGUGCAUAAUUCCAAAGUAUUUUAUUUUUAUCAGUGUUAAAUAGCUUUUUGUACAGGCUUGGAUCCAUUUUCCUGAAGUGUGCUGUUUUUUAAUGAAAGUAACUCUAAACUUUUCACAUCCCAUGGAACUGCCGUUUACACAUCGUAACUUUUUAAACUUACCAUAUUUUUCAAAGUUAACUUUUUUCGAGGGAGGAAAAUCCCUGCCUGCUAAACAAUGCUAAACUGUUGUCUAAGCCCUUCUAAUUAGGUCCUGGGAUUUUAUAAAAUUCAGUCUGUAGCUUUUUAGGCUCCUUACUACAGUUGGUUGUACAUAAAAAUAAAGAAUAUAAAGUGACCCCACAGUUCUUUUAAAUAUCUGGAUUUUUCCACUAACGCGUACUUUUGAAAGUAUUUCGUUCAUGCAUACUUUCACCAAUAAAUUGAAAAAGUCUUUAGCUUCUCGGUAAAUGUGAACCAUUUGUUUUCUGUUGUGCUUUGGGGGAGGGGACCUUUUACUAUAAUAUUUGCCUAAAUCAAGCAGCCCCCUCUGAAUGUUAGUUUUUAAAUGCCCACAUUUGGUGAACUAUAUAUCUUGAAAGCAAGAUUGCAACGUGGUUAACUUUAAGUGCUGUUUAAAAAGGAGAAAAUUCCGGGAUUGAUUUGCUACUACUGAAGUUCCAUUAAGACAAAUUGGUAGGACUUUAUGUUUUUGAUCAGUUAAAAAGAUAUCAAUGUCAAUGUAUGAAAAUUUUUUUCUUAAAACUUGUCCACAUAUUAUUUUGAUCCAUUUUUCUGUGGCAUUUGGUGCAAUAAACCUUUUGAA